AAUCCAAUCACAUUAAAGCGUCAUUCCAUAUUCCUUCUCAUCUACGGUUCUACCUAGAUUACCUUUUCUAAAUUUUUGUAAUUUGAUCAAGUUUAAACGUGUAUUAUCCAUUCAAAGUGUCAAAUUCUCUUUCUCUCUCUGCGUCUCUCUGCAGCUUCUUCCUCUAUUAAUCAUAUAUUCAUAGUAAUGAGCGUGUUGUCAUUGCAGCCAUCACGGGCACAACUCGCGAACCUGCCUGAUGAGAGAAGGGGUGAAGUUGUUCGGUGUUCGACUCACGGAUGGGUCCAUAAAGAAGAGUGCGAGUAUGGAAAACCUCUCUGCUCACUCUAUUGCUCGUCUUCCUCUACUGCUGCUUCUCCCAAUCCCAGUUCACCUUCUUCUGAUCCCCUCCGUGAUCCCACCCCUGUCGCCGAAGGUUAUGUCUCUGAUGAUCCUGUUCAUGCAUCUUGUUCUUCCAAUUGGCCCAGUGAUAGGAAAAAGGAUAUUGAAGGAUCACUCGAUGAGAGAUGAAAGGAGCAUGUUAAAUGGGCUGCAAGCAUGGCUUUAGGGCUGGUGCUACUGUUCCUUGGGUUAUAUGCAGACAAUCUGAUGCACCAGAAAACAUUGUAAGUUCUUGGCACUCAUAUUGUUUUUUAUUUUUCUUUUCAACAAUUAUUAUCCCUCUUUACUAUGAUAGAAAAUGUUUAUGAAUUUAAUGGAAAUUGAGCAUCCUAAGUUGUUUGGUUCCUUCGUUAAUUGCAAUCUCUCAUUUUGAUAUUUUUAAUUUGCUUUCACAUAUAGAUUCCUGCAAUGCAUCUCACUGUUAUGGUUUCUGGCCAAAUUCUUAUAAGAAACUAGCACUUGGGAUGGGGGUAAAAUGCUAGCCUAGCAUAUUAUAAUUAUAUGUGAUUAUCCGUUUCAUAUAAAUUUCUUCAAGAUGCGUCACUAGCCAUUUUUGGUCAUGGUCUUAAUAUUGUAUCAAUUGGAAAAUUGGAAUUAAAAAAAAUUGGUGGUAGUGGUUUGCAAUUCCCAUCAUCUCUUUUUCAUGAUGCGUUCUAAAAAAUUGAUAGUAAUGGUUGUAAUCUAGAGUAGUAUCAAUUGUUUUCCCUACCCACAACCAAUUCACAAAGAAAAUAAUCCGAAUAAUGGGCAAUUUUUUUCUUUUCUUUUUUGACAAUAUGAAUCUCUCUCUCUCUCUCUCUCUCUCUCUCUCUCUCUCUCUCUCUAUAUAUAUAUAUAUAUAUAUAUAUAUAUGUAUGCAUAUGUGCACUUGCUUGUUUUAGUUUCAUAUGCAUGUAAAAAAAAUUAUACAUU